AUGUCUGAACCAAAUGCCGCGCAAACGCGCCAGCAGCUGCAGCUGCUCGAACAAGAGCACGGUGAACUGAAGACGCAACUGUCCAUCGUCCGAAUCAGCGAGCCGAUUUUCUCCCCAGAUACUGAUAAGUCUCCAUCGAAGCGCAAUUCGGAUGUCUCUGCAGUCGACAGCCUAUCAGUGUCACCGGCAUCUCUUGAGGCGGACUUGUCGCACUACAAGGAAUUAUUCUCCAAGCUGCGCUUCUCGUACGUUGAACAAGUAACGAAAGAAAAUUUCCUGCGUGCGAUUGUUGGCGAUCCUCCCCUGGUUGUCGGUCAUAACGAGAAUGUCGAGUUGGAAACGCAGCUGGCAGAAGUGAAGGCGGAGCUCAAGGCGCGUAAAGAGGAAGUGCGACUGAUGGUAGAGGAAUUGGAUAAGAUGGCAAGGAAUCUGGCGACGCGCUACAAAGAUGUCCAGCUGCAGAUGGCCGAACUUGCUACCCUCCCUGAAUCGAUCGAAAACCUUGAAACCACUGUCGCCGCGCUACGGGCGAAGCAGAUUGCGAAUUCAGAUACAUCGUCGUCUCAAAAUUUACCUCUCCCUGCGACGUUGUCUCUCCUGGCGGAACGCGAGGCUGAACUCGCUGCACUCAACCGACAAAUCGCUGCGGCGCAAAAUGCUCUACCCCGCAAGACCCGUGAGGCCGAGACCAUGGAGCGAGAGUUGAGUAUACUGGAGCGUCGCAAGUCAGAGGCUAUAAUGCAAGCGCGAGAGGCUCAGAGGAAGAAACAGGAAGGCGAAAGCGACGGUCUUGAAGAAGCAGGAAGAUGGUAUAGGAGUGCGGAAGACGCACUCAAGAAGCUGGUCGGGGUAGAAGGUUAA